UGCGUGAAAGUAUGGAAGGUGUGGCCGUGCCCAAGCACAAAUGCAUGGAGAGUCCUUGGUACAGCAGUUGAGCAUACUCUUGGAAGUGCUGGAUGCGGUGAGGUGCAUCGUGCGGUGAUCACCCCUGCAAUGCGAACGUACAUCGGAGACAUGGAUGAAACUGGUUUGGCGCCGCGGCACAUUUGGUCAGGGCUGCGUCGCUACAGCGAAGCUCCGCCGCUGAACGGGGUGCCUACGUAUGAACAGGUCGCUCGAUGCGUCAAAAGCUUGCGAGCGAAGCAUGGAGAGCGAAACACGGUUCAAUCGCUGCAGAAAUUG